AUGCCCGAGCAGAUUGUUGGCGGAGAGCCCGUAUGGGCGCCCAGUGCCAUCGGUGCUAGGGGCAGAGAGUUCCGUCUCCUCCCCGGACGACCCGGCUACAUCUCCAACCCAACCCCAAUCCCGGACCCAACCGUCAUCCUCGACCAAUACACCAACGCCGCCAAGAUGGCCAAGUUGGCCAACUUUGACGGCGUCGAGCUCCACUCGGGUAACGGAUACUUAUGCGAACAGUUCCUCAGUGAUGUUUCUAACGCCAGGACCGACAAGUGGGGCGGCAGUGUCGAGAAUAGGGCGAGGUUUGGGCUGGAGGCUACCAAGAGGUUGAUUGAUGUCUGGGGUGCCGACCGCGUCGGGAUCAAGAUAUCCCCUUUGGGAGGGUACAAUGACACCUACAAUACCACCCCCGAAUCCCGUAUCGAGACCUUCAAAUACUACGUCUCCGCCCUCGACGACCUGUCCCUCGCCUACAUCCAGAUCAUGGCCUCCGCGUUCGGCGACCCUUGCCAUGGCGGCGUGCCCCAGGGAUUUGACCACGACAUUUUCGAGCAUUAUGGACCUUUGAUCAAGAAGAGCAACCUGAUUGCGAAUGCAGAGUUUGAUGCGGCCAAGGGGGAAGAGGCGGUCAAGAGCGGCAAGGCGAAUGCUAUCGUCUUUGGCAGGCCGUUUGUCGCCAACCCGGAUUUCUAUAGCAGGGCCCAGAAUGGAAUUGCGCUCGCUGAACCCGAUGUCAGAUCGUUCUACCUCCAGAGAGUGCAGGGUGUGAUUGGGUCGGGUUACAACGACUAUCCAGUGGCGACUCUCUCAUAG